ACAUCUUAGGCGGCAUAGUAACUUGUCCUCUAGCAAGGGUAAGAGAGUGAUAUAUCUGAUGGAGUUAAGAAGCCGCAUCCAUUUGCACUUCAUUAGGACUCUGACUGGUGGUGUAGUAAAAAGAACACUGAAUGUGACUCGAGGAAAACCAGUACUCAGAUUCAAGAAUGUGAAAGACAUAUGCGAAGAACUAGAUGCCAAAAAUGGUCAUUUGUUUCCAACAGUUCCACCAAAAGAUGAAUUUCGUGGCUUGCAUACUGACAGUUCUAGGGUCAAGACUGAAGGAAUAGGUACAGGUUAUGUUGGAAAUAUAAAAAUCAAGAGUGAACCUGAGGUUUCUGGUUUUGAUAGUAAUGAUGGAGGAAACAAUGAUUUGGAUUGCUUUGGUGAUAUGACACUGAAGCAGAUCAAGCAGACAUGCAAGACCAAGAAAAGAAAGCGUUCAAAGUCCACUGAUUUGAGUGAACAAUCACAAACGUGCUCUCCUGUUAAGCAAGAGUAUCCAAUGUCGGAAGCUGAUGAAGAUUCUGAACUCCUGGAGCCUCUUAGUAAGUUGAAAUCUAAACUUUCAAAGAAUGCAAAGGUCAAGACUAAACGCAAGCGUAUGAAAAAGGGUGCAUCUACCAUCUCAAGUGAGCAGGAGCUACUGCAAUUCAAUCAGGUUACAACUGAAUGUGAGAGGGACAUUGAAAUAGAUGUUCCUCAGCCUGGUUGUUCAGAUGUCGAGACCACUGAUGAUACCUCUUUGGCUUAUGGAAAUAUGGUGGGUGAUUAUGGAGCAGUGCCAACUGAACUCCCUAUGAAAGCUGCUAAAAUGCCAACUUCUCCAACAGAUGAAAAUCAGAGCUGCAUUGUAUAUGAACCAUUUUGUGAAGAUAUGGAGUAUGGUCCUAUCCCACUUCAGAUUGUAAGCAACUCAGGUUGGGAUAUAGUCGAGGCAGAUGAUACAGAGAGAAUCAGUUACCAGUAUCUAGAUUACUGGCCUGCACUAGAAUCUAAGAUUCAAGGAUAUCUUACAGAUUCGGUCCACCCUCACCUCAUUGAAGCAAUGUCUUCAAAUGACAUUAAUUUCACUGAGGAUGCAAUGUUAUGUCAGAUUAACAGGGAGACCGAAGAAGAUCUAUUUCGGUGCACGGAACCUAUUAAAGGAUCUGAUACAUGUAUAUCUGAUGCCUAUAACAAAGAUGAUUUACCUUCUAAUCAGAAAACCAGUGCUGACUCUGUUGGUGGUUGUGACUUGGGCUCUGGUAGCAGUUUAGCGUCUGUGGUAGAUCAAGUUUCCUUGGUGAAGGAAGAGGAGGAGCAAUCCCAAUUGUCUGCAUGUGCUGAUGCAAAAAUAAGCUUGUCCCCUGAGGUCAUAUCAUGUGAGGCUGGUGACGAGCGUACAUCAGCAGCUAGUGGUGGGUACUUCGAGCAGCAGCAUCCUCAAAGGCUGUUCCAAACAAGAAAGGUCAUUUCACCAGCUUCCCAAGAAAAACUGUGCAAGGCUAUGGAGUCAAUUGAUAUACAACACGGACAUAGCUUGUGCAAGGGAAAACUAUAUUUUGGAAAACAAACUGACAGUAAAACCCAUGGAGCUGAAGGACAACCUAAUCAGAUCAGAAGACUUAAGUUCUGUAUUACACAGCAAACCAUCAUAAAUUCGAAGAAUGAGAAGAUUAGUUCUCAUCCUAGAGGCAUCCCUAAAGCUUUGAAUGGUUCUUCAACUCCACCACCACGUUUUAGUACAGGGUGUACAUCCAUUCGAACCUGUUCAGAUAGUGCCAUUGCAUUCUCACAACGCCAGAUGCAUGACAUUCAAUGUAUCACAACAAAACUCACAAAUGAGUUGCAGAUCAUGAAGGAAAUUGCUGAAGAAAGAUUAGUGUCCCGACCCUAUUCUACUACAUCGCUGAAAUACAAUGCUGAUGAGGUUAGAAUGGCCAUUCAGAAUGUAACACGAGUUGAAGGUUCUGCUAAGAAGUUGCUCUCAAUGAUGUCAAGGGACUGUAGCCGAUUCUGUAAAAUCAUGAGAAUGGCCGAUCAGAAUGCUUCUAAUGCUCCUAAGGGCGUUGCAGACAAUCACAUGAAAACAACUGUUGUAAACAAGGAGAGGAAGAUCACCUUUGCCGAUGAAGCUGGGGAACAGUUGUGUCAUGUUAAAGUUUUUGAGAAUGAGAUGAUACCAUCUUCCGCGAUCGAUCCGUCUUUAAAACAGGAAGUGCUGGUUAAAUGACAUGAACGCUUGCCAAUUGACUUGUUCUAGGUGUACAUCUUUGUAUGAGUGAGGGGCACCUUAAUUUGAGUUUUGACCCCUUUUAUUGUUCUCCCUUCAUUUUUCAUUCUUUAUUUACUGAAGAUCCCAAUAUGCCUGGGCUGUAUAGUAUUUG